CGACGACCGGUCGCGCUUUCGCUGUUCAGCUUUUUCAGCGCUUCUGUGGAUCUGUGGAUCUGUUCGGCGGCGAGCGAAAAAUUCAAUUCACCAGUUUGUCCAGUGAGCUCGCGCUGUGAGGUAGUGUGCAUUCGGUUCUAGUGAGAUACUGUGGAAAAAUCCAAGAUGCCAUUCAAGAGUAUUAAGGCCCGUCAGAUCUUCGACUCGCGUGGUAACCCAACCGUCGAGGUCGAUCUGAUCACCGAUCUGGGUCUGUUCCGGGCUGCCGUACCGUCGGGUGCUUCGACCGGUGUCCACGAGGCACUGGAACUGCGCGACAACGUCAAGGCCGACUGGCACGGAAAGGGCGUCUUGAAGGCUGUUGAUAACAUCAACAAAGUGAUCGCUCCGGCGGUCAUGUCAUCGGGUCUCUGCGUUACCCAGCAGAAGGAGCUUGAUGAGUUGAUGCUGAAGUUGGAUGGUACAGAGAACAAGUCCAAGCUGGGCGCAAAUGCCAUCCUCGGUGUCUCGCUGGCCGUCUGUAAGGCUGGAGCAGCUAAGAAAGGUAUUCCUCUGUACAAACACAUCGCCGAACUGUCUGGAAAUGGUAACAUUAUCCUGCCCGUGCCGGCCUUCAACGUCAUCAACGGUGGCAGUCACGCCGGUAACAAGCUGGCCAUGCAGGAGUUCAUGAUUCUGCCGACCGGUGCUUCGUCGUUCACGGAAGCUAUGAAAAUCGGUACCGAGGUGUAUCACCAUUUGAAGAACGUCAUCAAGGCCAAGUUCGGUCUGGAUGCUACCGCCGUCGGUGAUGAGGGUGGUUUCGCCCCCAACAUUCUGGAGAACAAAGAAGCGUUGAAUCUGAUUCAGGAUGCUAUCGCAAAGGCUGGAUAUACCGGAAAGGUUGAAAUUGGUAUGGAUGUUGCUGCUUCCGAGUUUCACAAGGACGGAAAGUACGAUCUGGACUUCAAGAACCCCAACUCGGACAAGAGCGCUUGGCUAACUCCGGACUCCCUGGAGGAACUGUACCAGGGCUUCAUCAAGGGUUUCCCGAUCGUCAGUAUUGAGGAUCCCUUCGACCAGGAUCACUGGGAUGCCUGGUCCAAGAUCACCGCCAACACCAGCAUUCAAAUCGUGGGUGACGAUUUGACUGUGACCAACCCGAAGCGUAUUGCCACUGCCGUGGAGAAGAAGGCUUGCAACUGUUUGCUGCUGAAGGUCAACCAAAUCGGUUCCGUGACCGAGUCUAUCAAUGCACACUUGCUGGCCAAGAAGAACGGAUGGGGAACCAUGGUGUCGCAUCGUUCCGGUGAAACCGAGGAUACCUUCAUUGCCGAUCUGGUCGUUGGUCUGAGCACUGGACAAAUCAAGACCGGUGCUCCGUGCCGAUCGGAGCGUCUCGCUAAGUACAACCAGAUUCUGCGCAUCGAAGAGGAGCUCGGUGCCGACGCCAAGUUCGCUGGCAAGAACUUCCGUCACCCACAAUAAACAUCCUUCGUAACUAUACUAAGCUGGAAAACUUAGAACAUACCAUUUGCGCGUGUAGUUUGUAGCGUCUAUCUCUCUCUAACUCUCAUGAAAUGAGAGUUACUAAAAUGAUCUGUUGCACAUUAAAAGAAAAACGAAGAUCAAAAAAUAAACAACGUUCAAUAGAUACGUAGUAUGUGUGCACACGCUCGUUCGAGACAUUAGCGAUGAUUUGAAAAGUCGUACAACUAAUAUCUAUCCAAAUACCUCCCUUAUUGAAAUGAAAAUUCAGAAAAACCGUACAAACAGCACCAUCAGGAGGAAUUUACCGAAAUUUAAUACAGAUUGUUACUGUUAAAUUAACGAUACUGAGUUAAGAGUAAGAAUGAAAUACAUGAUUAUUGGUAAUAAAUACACAACAAAUAAA